UGACGGUGCACCAGACCAUCAGCGAUGUGCGUGGCAGUUACUACCAGGAGAAGACGGUGUUCCUGCGCUGCACCGUCAACUCCAACCCUCCCGCACGAUUUAUCUGGAAACGUGGGAGCAUGCUCAUCGAACAGAGCAAGGACAACGGAGUGGACAUCUAUGAGCCGCUUUACACCCAGGGUGAGACCAAGGUGCUGAAGCUGAAAAACCUAAGACCCAAGGACUUUGCUGAUUACACCUGCCAGGUGUCUGUGCGCAAUGUGUGUAACAUCGAAGAUAAGUCGGUCACUUUCAGGCUCACAAAUGCUACCACUCCCCCAAUGAUCCGGCUGUCUGUCAACGACACGGUGGUGGUGGAUCCCGGGCAGGAUGUGCUCUUAACCUGCGAGGUUACUGCAGGUUUCCCCCUCCCCACUGUGACGUGGUCGCGUUACCCCGGCCCGCUUCCCCUCAGCGCCCAAGUUCGAGGGCCAACACUGAUUUUGCGGGCGGUCACGCCGGCCGACGCGGGCUUCUACAACUGCUCGGCUGUCAACAAUGUGGGCAACCCUGCGCGCAAGAACGUCAAUCUGGUUGUCAGGACGAUGGGCAACCUGACCUUCCAAAUUACACCAGACUCCAACAAGGACAGCGAGACCAUCCAAAUGGGUCGGGACCUCAAGCUGUCGUGCCACGUCGACGCCACCCCACAGGACAAGGUCAACUACACCUGGUACAAGAACGGUGCACCUGUCUUCAACUCGGAUAGCCUGAUCCUGCUGCGCAGCGACCCCGACAUGGCACCCGGCACCAGCAGCUUGGAGAUCGUGGACAUGAAGUUCAGAGACUUGGCUACCUACAGCUGUGUGGCAAACUUCCCAGGCAGCAGGGUCCCGGAGCUCCGUGUGGAUGUCAACAUCUCUCAGAACAGUGUCUCUCCUCCGGUGCUGUCGGUCCCGUCAGGAGGUCAGAUGGUCAUUGUGCGAGAGAGAGGUAACGCUGAGCUGGUGUGCUUAGUAGUGGAUGGCAAACCACGUCCACCUAUACUAUGGUCACGGACAGAGAAGGACCUGCUGAUGCCAUCAGGGCAGACUGUGGUGGAGACGCCCGAUGGCCGCUUGAGGCUAAGAAAUGUCAGCCGCGACAUGAUGGGGACGUAUCGGUGCCAGACUGCUCCGUACAACGGGCUUAACAUCAAACGCAGAGAGGCACAGGUCCAACUCAAUGUGCAGUAUCCUCCCAUAUUGGACCCAGUCUUCCAGGACAUGCGUUCCAGGAACUAUCAGAUGGUGACCCUGCGGUGUACGGUCCUACGGUCCAACCCGGCACGUCUGACAGACAUCCGCUGGUUCCGUAACGGUGAUUUCAUUCGAAUGCCGAUGCCGGACCUUAAGGAGACGCCAGAGCUGAAGUUCAAGCUGGAACCUACCAACAACGGCUCUUAUGAGUGCCGAGUCAGCAAUACUGCAGGAACAUCAACAUGCACAUUUAAUGUCUCUGCACAACCCUACAAUGCUGAGUUUUACUUUGACACACCCAACCCAGUCCGGAUUCUGAAAGGUAACAACUAUUCCUACAAUCUGCAGUGGACACAGAGAGAUCCUGAAGCCACAGACCGUAUCAUAGGCUACUGGAUUAAUAUCCGAAAGAACAAGCAGAACCUGCUGUCGAAGCUAAUAAACCUAAAGGGUAAGGAGCCAGAGAAGGGUGUGCUGAUAUCUCACACCAUAUCAGACCUGAGAAUCCCUCUGUCCUACGAGGUCCAACUGGCCCCCAUCACCACCUACAGCACUGGGGAAUAUGUCACUCGCAUCAUCCAGUACUCAGAACCCUACACCUACCCAAGGCCUUCAGACCAUGUGUGUGGUUUUGAGGAUGAACGGAUCUGUGGUUUCUCUCAAGAUCGGAGUGACAUCUUUGACUGGACGAGACAGAAUCACCUGACGCAGAAUCCGAAGCGAUCUCCCAACACAGGCCCUGAGACUGACCGCAGUGGAACUAGGGAGGGUUACUACAUGUACAUUGAAGCAUCGCGACCACGCGUUCAGGGAGACAAGGCUCGUCUGCUGUCUCCGCUUUUUAAUGGGACCUCAGUCAGAGGCCCCAAGGGCUCCGGCAGAGUACCAUACUGUGUCUCCUUCUACUACCACAUGAAGGGCAAACACAUCGGCACUCUCAAUGUGCUUCUGAGAGUAAGAAGCAUUGCCUCUGUGGACUCGGUGAUAUGGACGAAGUCCGGUCAUCAAGGCCCGGACUGGAAGAAAGCGUUCUUCGACAUCAGCCCCAGUGGACCCUUCCAGAUUGUGUUUGAAGGAGUUCGAGGCUCGGGUUUCGAAGGGGAUAUUGCCAUUGACGACGUGUCCAUCACCUUAGGGAAGUGCAAACAGGAGAACACUGUAGCCAGCGCAGUUCUGAUCGGUGGAUCACACUCACUCCCACUGGCCAGCUGGCUGACCUUUGGCCUCUCCUGCUUCCUGUCGCUACUCUACAGAUGAUGAGCACUCCCCACAACACCCUCACCUGUCUGCUCUGACAGACACUGCCCUGACUCGCGCUCUUGUACUUCUCUCUCCACCCUUCCCCUUGUCCUUCCCUCCACUUACCUGUCUGUCCUCUUCACUCGUCGUCUUUCUAUCCUUCAUGCAUCCAUUUCAUCCAUCUUGCUUAGAUAGAUGGUAAAACAAAGCCACAAAGCGUUGUCUAGUUUCUCCUCCUCUGCUUUCUUUGAACAUUUCGUCCCCAGACACUCAGUAUAGCCAACUGACACUUGUACCAUAUUUAAGGUGAACAUACUUAAUGAUCUUCGACAGAUGAACUUAACAACAUUGAUCUGAUUAGACUCACGUUAUCCAUGUCAGUGUGUCACUUUGUCACCUUUUCCUGCCCUUCAUCAACCCUCUUCGUCCAUACUCGCACCCUCUCAUGUACCUCCGCUCCCUUGAACCGCAAUCCUCGACGGCCCUUCCACCCGAUUCCCGAGACACACCAAAGUGUCGGACACUCUACCAAAGAUGACAAAGGACCUGAGGGAAUAAAACGAGGGAACAGGGAUUCCAGGAAGAAAGUAAAAGAGAGAAAGUGGGGAAAAUCCUUCUUUUUUUUUUUUUUACAGAAACGGUCUCCCUUCUGUCCCAACCUUUGGGACCAUGGGAGCUACUGAAUGACAAAGAGACAGAUGAAAAAAAAAA